CUCCCUCUCUCAGUCCUCAUCUGCACCUCAGCACAGUUACACGCUGCUUUGUCACGGCUGCGGAGCAAAGCGCUGAGCAGGGCUCUGCCGGCUCUCCAUCACCCUGACCAAUCAUAAAGAGCACACAAGAAGCAGAAGCUGAAGGGGGGAGAGGAAGAAGCUGAAGCCUUAUCUUCCUUCCUCGAAGUGCAAACAACCCUGUUUUACUGAGAGGAGGAGGAGGAGGAAGAGGAGGAGGAAUAUCUGUUUUCACACUGUCCUGACUCAGUUUGUCACCUCCAGCAGAAGGAGCAGUAGAGGAUGCAUUGGAAACUGCAGGAGCUAGAAAGUUCUCUCUCUUUAACUCAGCUGCCCAUCGAUAAGUAGCAGCUGAGGAAACUUUUGUAAAAAGGAAGAGGAGGGGGGUGGUGGACAGUCCAAGGGUGUGGAGGCUCUGCUUGUCCUCCUCCUUUUCCUGUCCACACUGCUUUUAUUUUGGGUCGUAUUUGUCAGGGAGAAAGCAGCAUCGUCCUUUCCCAGCAGCUUCUCCCCAUGUGGCAGGAGGCUCUGUGGACCCGUGGACGCUACCUGCUGGAGAAGAGCGAUGGGGGCGAUGGGGCCGAGGGGCCCGACAGCCUGGGAGAUGGCUGCCCCGGGUUCCAGAGCGACAUGUGUCUCGAGGUGGAGAAGCCUCAGGACUGGCUGUACGAGUCGUACUACAGGAUGAGCCAGCAGCAUCCGCUGAUCGUGUUCCUGCUGCUGAUCGUCAUGGGAACCUGCCUCGCGCUGCUGGCCGUGUUCUUCGCGUCAGGACUGAACACUGAAGCUCACUUGACGUUCCUGAUCGCGGUUUCCGCUGCUCUCUUCCUCUUCUUGUCCAUCUUCAUCCUGGUCUGCAUUGAAUCUGUUUUCAAGCGGAUGCUGCGCCUCUUCUCACUCCUUACCUGGGCCUGCUUGGUCACCAUGGGUUACCUGUUCAUGUUCUCCGGGGGCAGGCUCAGUCCCUGGGACCAGGUGUCGUUCUUUCUGUUCAUUGUGUUUGUGGUGUACACCAUGCUGCCCUUCACCAUGAAAUGGGCCAUCAUCGCCAGCGGUAUAACCUGCCUCUCACACACCGUCACCCUCAGCAUCUGCCUGACCUCCACCGUCACAGAGCUGGAACCUCUAGUGUGGCAGAUUCUGGCCAAUGUGAUCAUCUUCACCUGUGGAAACCUGGCCGGGGCGUAUCAUAAGCACCUCAUGGACCUGGCGCUCAAACAGACCUAUCAAGACACCUGCAACUGCAUCAAGUCCCCCAUCAAACUGGAGUUUGAGAAGCAUCAACAGGAGCGCUUGCUGCUGUCCCUGCUGCCUGCACACAUAGCCAGAGUGAUGAAAGCUGAAAUCAUCCAGCGGCUGCAGGGGCCGAACUUUGGUCGAACUGAGAGCACCAACAACUUUCAUAACCUCUACGUGCAGAGGCACACCAACGUCAGCAUACUCUACGCCGACAUUGUGGGCUUCACACGGCUGGCCAGCGACUGCUCUCCUGGUGAACUUGUGCACAUGCUGAAUGAACUCUUUGGCAAAUUUGACCAGAUUGCAAAGGAGAACGAAUGCAUGCGGAUCAAGAUCCUGGGCGACUGUUAUUACUGCGUGUCCGGACUUCCUGAGUCGCUGCCAAACCACGCCAGGAACUGCGUGAAGAUGGGCCUGGAUAUGUGUGAGGCCAUCAAGAAGGUCCGAGAUGCCACUGGAGUGGACAUCAACAUGCGCGUCGGCGUUCAUUCUGGGAACGUCCUCUGCGGUGUGAUUGGCCUCCGCAAGUGGCAGUACGACGUGUGGUCGCACGACGUCACGCUGGCCAAUCACAUGGAAGCCGGAGGAGUGCCGGGGAGGGUUCACAUCUCCUCGGUGACGCUGGAGCAUUUGAAAGGCUCAUAUAAGGUGGAGCCUGGAGAUGGACAGAGCAGAGAUUCCUACCUGAAGGAACAUAAUGUGGUCACCUACUUGGUCAUCAACCCCAAGACUGAAAGGCACAGCCCGCAUUUAGGUCUGCGUUCCUGUCCCUCUCUGGAUGGGGGGAAGACGAGGGCAUCCGUCAGGAUGACCCGAUACCUGGAAUCCUGGGGGGCAGCCAAACCCUUCGCCAACCUCCACCAUCGAGACAGCAUGACCGCAGACAAUGGCAAGAUCAACACCACAGACGUUCCGAUGGGGCAGUACUAUUUCCAAAGACGAGAAAGAUCCAAAUCUCAGAGGAAGAGGUUUGAGGAGGAGCUCAACGAACGAAUGAUUCGCACUAUUGAUGGCAUCAAUGCACAGAAACAGUGGCUGAAGUCUGAAGACAUCCAGAGGAUCUCAUUGUUCUUUCACAACAAAGCUUUGGAGAAAGAGUACAGAUCCACCACACUACCAGCCUUCAAGUACUACGUCACCUGUGCCUGCCUCAUAUUCUGCUGCAUAUUCAUUGUGCAGGUCCUCGUCUUGCCCAAAACUGCUGUGCUGGGGAUCUCCUUUGGUCUGACAUUCCUGCUGUUGGCUUUGAUCCUCCUCCUUUGUUUCGCUGGUCACAUUCUGUUUUUUGUGGAGGAUCCUGGAGGGUCUGCUGCCGACAUUCAAACAACUGCGCUCCCUCUGAAUGCAUCCAAUAAUAGCCGGUCUGAGUACUUGGAGGACAAAAACAAGUUUUACCUGCCGUACUUCAUCUACUGUUGUAUUCUGGGCCUGGUCUCCUGCUCGGUAUUCCUGAGGAUCAACUACGAGCUGAAGAUGGUAGUGAUGCUGGUCGCCGUGGUGAUUUACAACAUCAUCAUCCUGCAGACUCAUGCCUCCUUGCUGGAUGGUUUCAACAAAGCUCUGUACCCCACAGACAAGUCCGGCAGACCAGGUGUGCUGAAGGAUCUGAAGACAAUGGGCUCUGUGUCUCUGUUCAUCUUCUUCAUCACUCUACUGGUUUUAGCAAGACAGAAUGAAUAUUACUGUCGGCUGGACUUCCUGUGGAGGGACAAGUUCAAGAGGGAAUGUGAGGAGAUUGAAACCAUGGAGAACCUCAACCGGGUCCUGCUGGAGAACGUUUUACCGGCGCAUGUGGCCGAGCACUUCCUGGGACGCAACUGGAAAAACGAGGACCUUUAUCAUCAGUCGUACGACUCGGUGUGUGUGAUGUUCGCCUCCAUCCCGGACUUCAAAGAGUUUUACACCGAGUCUGAUGUCAAUAAGGAAGGACUGGAGUGCCUCCGACUUCUCAACGAGAUCAUAGCCGACUUUGAUGAGCUGCUGUCCAAGCCAAAGUUCAGCGGAGUGGAGAAGAUAAAGACCAUCGGUAGCACCUACAUGGCUGCAACCGGGCUCAAUGUAACUCCAGGACCAGAGUCUGCACAAGAACAUGACAGACAGUACAUGCACAUUGGCACAAUGGUGGAGUUUGCCUUUGCUCUUGUUGGGAAGCUAGAUGUCAUCAACAAACACUCUUUUAAUGACUUCAGACUGCGAAUUGGUAUCAACCACGGGCCGGUGAUUGCAGGAGUCAUUGGGGCUCAGAAACCCCAAUAUGACAUCUGGGGAAACAGUGUUAAUGUGGCCAGCAGGAUGGAAACGACGGGGGUGCUGGGUAAAAUACAGGUAACGGAGGAAACCAGUGGUAUCUUAUCCAACCUGGGGUACAUGUGUUCGUGUCGUGGCAUCAUCAACGUGAAAGGCAAAGGGGAGCUGAAAACCUACUUUGUCCACACAGAGAUGAGCAGAUCUCUGUCACAAGGGACCGUGAUGCCUUGAGCGCGCCUUGCCGCGCCGCCACAGAGACUUGGAAACACAAAAGCAGAAAGUGGCACUGAAGUAACAAGUCUUGCUCUGUAAGUAAAACCCAUCACUAGAAGCCAGCAGCACAGCGGACUGACAUUCGUCGAGAACCACUUUUGUCCUCAGCAGCUGAGAGCAGAUGGAGGCCAAGGUGGGCCGCCGCGGUCCUUCAACGCUGCACUACGAGUGGGUUUCACCCCUCCAGUGUUAUGAGGACAUCACUCUGAGGAGUCUCUUCACUGUCUAAAGGAGUGCCUGACUAAAGAGAGGUUGGCUAAAUUGGUGCAGCUCUCAAGGACCCCAGUCACCUAUCUGUAAAAUAGUAGUGUGUGGAGCUAAUUACCCACACCAGUGUUGCAGUGCUUCACAGCCUUAUACUUGAGCAGAUUGAGCCGCCUGUCAAGCUGUUUAUUUCCGUUUUGUUUUGUUUUUAACUCUCAGCGUGCCUGGUACUGAGAGCCAAUUAAUUUCCUCCCAAAUGGAUGUUACAAUAACUCUCAUCAUAUAGGGCUGGUGGUACCAAUAAAUUACCAGCAUUAUGGGUAGACAAAACAACCUGUGAUUGUAUUUCUAGCUUUAUAGCUACAUAUGUGUCCCAUUUGAAUCAAGAAGGAAGCUAUUUUUUUUUUUUUUUUUAUAUGUCAGCAAGGGCCAACAGUGUGUAAAU